AUGGAGAAGCAAGACUUCUUGACAGACCAAAGUCUGCCAGCCAAGGCGCUUCUCGAGCGAUAUCCUGAGUAUGCGUCGACGUCGAUUCUCGACGACCUGCGGGCCACGGAAUAUUCCUUCCUCGACGAGAACGGCCACGUGUAUCUUGACUACACCGGUGCCGGCCUGGCUGCUCAGUCGCAGCACCAAGCACACCGCGAGCGGAUGCGACACGCGGCGUUUGGGAACCCGCACUCGAGCAACCCGACAAGCCGGGCGGCCACAGAUUUGGUCGACGAGGCCAGGGCAAGAAUCCUGCGCUACUUUUCCGCCUCCCCAGACGAGUACACGGUCAUCUUCACGCCAAACGCGACGGGCGCGGCACGGCUGGUCGGCGAAUCGUACCCGUGGCGUCGCGGCGCCCGCCUGGUCCUGACGGCGGACAACCACAACUCGCUCAACGGCCUGCGGGAGCUUGCCCGGCGCGGCAAGUCGCGCACAGUGUACGUCCCCAUCGCCGACGCGCACGAGCUGCGCACCCGGGACGCGGAUGUCGUGGCGGCGCUGUCCCGCAAAACCCGCUGCUCUCCCCGCGCCUGGCUCUCCAAGGGGAACGCCGACGCGAGCCGCCGCCGGGGUCUGUUCGCGUAUCCGGCCCAGAGCAACUUUACCGGCGUCCGCCACCCGCUCUCGUGGGUGCGCCUCGCGCAGGCGCACGGGUAUGACGUGCUCCUGGACGCCGCGGCGUACCUGCCCACGGCGCGGCUCGACCUCGCCGCGCUCAGGCCCGAGUUUGUCAUGGUCAGCUGGUACAAGCUCUUUGGCACCCGACCGGCGUCGGCUGCCUGGUGGCGCGCCGCGACGCGCUCUGUCGGCUGCGCCGGCCGUGGUUCGCGGGCGGCACGCGACGGCGCGAAGCUGGUGGUCUGCUACGGGCCGGCCGGCGUGCGCGACCGCGGCGGCACCGUGUGCUUCAAUAUUCUCGACCGCCACGGCGUCGUGCUCGACGAGCGCCGAGUCGCGGCCGAGUCGGCCGCCGCGGGCAUCUCCCUGCGCACCGGCUGCUUCUGCAACCCGGGGGCCGGCGAGGCGGCGCUGGGCAUCACGGGCGGCAUCCUGGCGCGCGGACGGGCGGCGGCGGCGGCGGCGUCGUCCUCGUCGUAUCAGGACUUUGUCGGCGCCUUGGAAGACGGCGGGGUGCCGGCCGUUGGGGCCGUUCGCGUUUCACUUGGCAUCGCGUCGGUGGCGGCCGACGUUGAGUACUUGGUGGCGUUUGUGGAGGCGACGUAUCGGGACAGGGCGUCGACGACCACGGACCUUGCGCCACGGGAGGGGUGUUAA